AUGGAGAGUGCGCUUAUGCUGCCUGGAGACACUCUGCCUGGCGCCGCAUUAACUGGAACUUCAAUCAAACUUGGUCCUGGGUUGCAACAGUCGCGGGGUGGAAGGGCCGAUGGCGCCUUGUCAGUUAGUGCGGUUAGCCCUGGUGUUCUUCGACAUGCAACAAAAGGAAAUAAAUGGUGGAUUGAUCGUAGGGCAAGCAGAUAUUCGCCCGCAGCUCAAGAGUCUGUUAUAGGCUAUAUAACCUACCGUAGCCAAGACAUGUACCGAGUAGACAUCGGUUCAGCCCACCCAGCCACCUUGGAUGCUUUGGCGUUCGAAGGAGCGACCAAGCGAAACAAACCCAACCUCAAAGUUGGUGCCGUUGUGUAUGCACGAGUUUCAUUGGCGCAUAAAGAUAUGGAGCCAGAGUUGGAGUGCUUCGAUGCCGCUACUCACAAGUCAGAUGGUUUUGGAGAACUUAAAGAUGGAUACAUUGUCAGUUGCAACCUAGCAACUUGUCGUGCCCUUCUCGACCGCAGCCACUAUCUCUUGCCUCUUCUUGGCGCGCGCGUUCCCCUAGAAAUUGCGAUUGGUGUCAACGGGCGUGUUUGGAUAUCCUCUGACACACCACACAACACUAUUCUUAUUUCGCGAUGCAUCCAGUUGUUUGACGAGGAAGAUGUUGAUGAAAGUGUCAUGCGCAACUUCAUCAAUGACAAUCUGUCUUCGCGUUGA